AUGGCAGACUCUUCUCAGGGUGACGUAGGCAAAGGAAGGAGCUCCCUGCCUCGACGCGGGCGCUCGCUGCUGGUAGUCACGAACGACAACCAGUAUACGCUGGCGGGCCCGGGGGCAGACGGACCCGAUCGCCAGGUGUCUCCGCCGGUCUCAGAGGCGGGCGGACGCAGCUGGGGGAACGUCCUCGUGACGGCGCCGAGAGAAGGGGCGGGCGCUGCGACCGCCGGCCCGCGGGCGCUGCGGCGGCUGUCGUUUCACACGCCGGCGGCGGGACAGCUCACCAGCUCCUACGGCAUCGGGUCGAGUGGCGGUCAGGCGACGCUCCUCCGCGCGGGCUCGUCGAUCUUUGGCAACGCUCAAGGCAUCGCCCUGACCCCCGCGGCGUCAUAUGCGCCUGGACACCCGGGGCUUUCCAGAGAAGCGCCCGGCGGCGUGCCGAUGCACCAGCGCGAACAGAGAGGCCGCACGCAUCUUCACUCCGCAGAUCUUUUCGACCGCACGAGUCCAGUGCAAAAGGCCCGCCAGUCCUGGACGUGCACUCUGCCCGCGGCGCUGGACGCGGACUCGCACACGCUGCUGACCGGUCCCCAACUCGACGCGAGUGUGGGCGAUGCCUUCACCGCUGGCCCCCUGGCGCAGACGCCGGACGUGCAGCAGAAACUCAAGGCGCAUUUUCCUGCCACCUGGGGCUUGGAGUACACCGAGAUCGCCCCAGGCCCCGUGGACGCCGGCGCUCGCAGCCGCGUUGUGACGCGCCUCGGCAUCGUGCUGAGUGGCGGACCGGCGCCUGGAGGCCACAACGUCAUCGCGGGUCUCCACGACUUUGUCAAGACGAAGCACCCCGACUCGGUGGUUUUCGGCUUCAUGGGCGGCCUCGAUGGAGUCACGAACAAGAAAUACAAAGUGACGACAGACGAGCUCAUGGCGCAGUACCGCAACCAGGGAGGGUUCGACAUGCUCUGGUCAGGGCGCGGGAAAGUGAACGGCGAAGAAGAUCUGCAGAAGGCGAAGGAGGUCUGCGAGAGCCUGGAGCUGCACGGGUUGAUCCUCGUGGGCGGCGACGGCUCCAACAGCAACGCGGCGCUGCUGGCUGAGUAUUUCCAAGUCCACUUGCCUUCCUGCGCGGUGGUCGGGGUCCCCAAGACCAUCGACGGCGACUUGAAGAGUCCGCUCAUCGAGGCCUCCUUCGGCUUCGACACGGCGGCGAAAACAUACUCGGAGCUCAUCGGAAACCUCUGCACUGAUGUCAACAGCUCGCAGACAACGUAUCACUUUGUUCGCGUCAUGGGGCGGAGCGCUUCGCACUUGGUGUUGGAGUGUGCGAUGCAAACACGCCCCAACUUGGUUUUCAUCGGCGAAGAAGUCGAUGAAUCCAACAUGUGCCUGGCGGACAUCGUGAAGCAAACUGCAGACCUCGUCAUCAGCCGUCUGGAUGCGGGGAAGCGCUACGGUAUCAUUCUCCUUCCGGAGGGCUUGAUUGAGUUCAUUCCCGAAAUGAAGCUCCUGAUAAAGGAACUCAACGAAGUUCUCAGCUCCAACAACGGCGAAUUCUCGCCGGACAAACUGAAGCAGUCUCGCCAUGUGUGGGACUACCUCCCUGAGAUGAUCCAAGACCAGCUGAUGAUGGAUCGAGAAGCCACUGGAUACAUCCAAGUGGCGAAGAUUGCGACAGAGCGUCUGUUGAUUCUUCUUCUCGAGGCCGAGCUGCAGAAGCGCGGCUACGACCCCGACAGUUGGAGCUUCAUGCCGCACUACUUUGGCUACGAAGGCCGCUGCGCCAUGCCCUCCAACUUUGACGCAAACUACUGCUACUCUCUAGGAUACACCGCUGGUGUGCUGGCGGAGAAGGGGAGGAACGGCUACAUGUCGAUUGUGAGGAACCUGGAUCAACAUCCUUCGCUGUGGACGCCGGCGGGCGUGCCGUUCACGAAGAUGAUGUAUAUGAAGCAGGACGCACAGGGCAAGGACUUCCCCGCGAUUGUGCGCUCGCUGGUCGACUUGAACGGCCCUCUCUUCAAGGUGUUUUGCGAGGUGCGCGACGAGUGGAAGCUGAGUGACGUCUACAGAGUGCCAGGGCCGAUUCAGUUCGCAGGCGUGACAGCCGAUGAGCCCUGCUACGCGGUCAUGAUUCCGUCCGCAGAAGAUCUGCUUUCGGGCGCCGACCCGCGAGCCAACAUCGUCUCCAACCGGGGCGUGGUGCAGAAGGAGCUGGGGACGUACUCGUCGCUACAGCAGCAGCGUCUGUUGUUUCUGCCCUCGCUGCCGCCGAUUUGCCAGGACAAGAAGGCGCGCGCGCGGCCUUCGAAGCAGAUGUUCUGCAAGGACCCGUACACGCAGCGGCAGGUCCUGAUGCACUAUCCGUAUCUCUCCAACAGCUCGUUGUUUUUCCUCCACGACGUAGGGCACGACAAAUACAUUCCGCCGAUUGGCUUCGGUCUGCGCAUCGGCCUCGUCUUCAUCUCGCGACAGUCGCCCGGCGUGGCGAACGUGCUGUGGGGUCUCCACGAGCGCCUCAAGUUGGUCCAGGGGAAGUGCAUUGCCUUCUUCGGCUUGAACGGCCUCGCCGAUCGCAAGUACCUCGAAAUCGAAGACGAGGAUCUCGAGCUCUUCAAAAACCAGGGAGGCUGCGAACUCAUUGGGCGCUCGACGAGCCACUCGCUCGGCAGCCGCGAGAUGCAAGAAAAAGUCAGACAGACCUGCGAGGCCAUGAACCUCGACGGCCUCGUCAUCCCCGGCAGCGCCUUCGCCAUGUCUGAAGCCGCCCUCCUCGCCGAGUACUUCCUCGCCAAACAGUGCAGAACUUCCGUCAUCGGCAUCCCCGCCACCGGCAGUAACAACUUGAGCGGCGAGUUGAUUGAGACUUGCAUCGGGUUCGACAGCAGCACGAAAGUCUACGCGUCGCUCAUCGGGAACGUUCUCACAGAUGCCGCUUCGAUGCCCAAGUACUGGCACUUCGUCCGCCUCAUGGGACGCCAGCCUUCACACGAGGUCCUCGAGUGUGCGCUGCAGACGCAUCCUAACUUUGUCAUCAUCGCAGAGGAAUACGGCGCUGCGGACAAGACGCUGCUGCACGUGGUGCAGGACAUCGCCGACGUAGUCUGUCAACGCGCAGAGAUGGGGCGGAACUUCGGAACUGUUUUGAUACCAGACGCGCUGCUCAUGCACCUGCCCAACAUGAAAAUCCUCCUUGCGGAACUCCGCAGCAUCUUGAAGGAGGCGAGUGCCAAAGGCGAAAUGAAGAAGGCGCAGCAAGACUUGAACGACAUCUCAGAUGAGAAUUGCCCCGCGAACUCGUGGCGGAAGCGCCUGACGCCGUGGAGCGCCGCGCUGUUUCGCACUUUCCCCAAGUUCAUUCGGCGCGAGCUGCUUCAAGUCGACAUGGGCGAGAUUCGAUUCGAGCGCUUGGAGACAGAAGAGCUUCUAGCGCAGAUGGUUAAGGAGGAACUCGAGUACCGAAAAUCCGUGGGACGGUACAGCGGCAAAUUCCAGGCGGUCACCCAUUUCUUCGGCUACCAAGGUCGUUCCUCCAUGCCUUCCCAGUUCGAUGCAAACCUCGCGUUCGCGUACGGGCACUUGGCAUCGAUUCUUGUCGAGUCGGGCGUGACAGGCCACUGCUGCAGCAUUCGCGGGCUCUGCGGUCCGGUUUCUGAUUGGCAUUUGGGCAGCAUUCCGUUUGUGACGCUGAUGAAGCUCGUGCCGACGCCGCAGGACAACCCGACGUUCGCUGCGAGCGACUCCGCGCUGCGCAACACCGCGACAGACAUCCGCCAGCAGCGCUCAGUGAUGACAGACUUGCCCGUGAUUCCCAGCGCCGAAGUGAACCUAGAGGGCAAGGCCUACAGGUGGAUGAAGACGGCGGCCGAACAGUGGACGCUGGAGGACCGUUUCUGCAAUCCAGGCCCCAUCCAGUUCACAGGCCCUGCGGCGAAUUUCUUCAACCGCGAGCUGUUUGAGGAGCAGGCAGAGUACUUUGACAUGGUGUGCCGCGUGGAGUGCUACACGAACAUCCUGAAGCAGACUUGCACGUUUGGCGUCUCCGACAGCUUCCUGAAGAACGCCUACGUGUCGCUCACGGGGCUCCUGAUGCUGGCGUUCCAUCCCGACGAGCUGACCAGCCGCCUGCCGGCGCUCUCCGUAGGGGACGAAGACGCGCAGGCGCGCGAGAACGCAGGCACCGCCCCGUCCUUUGCGCCGCUGAGAAGUGGAGAUAUGCUCUCCUCGGGCUCCUCGAGAUUCUUCAAGCGAGAGCUCACGAUGCAGCACGGCGGCGCGAACGACUUCAGCUGA